ACAGCAUCACCACAACCUGCCCAAACAGCACUGAACUUGUACUUCAUGCCAUGGAAAAUGAGAAACAUCACCACCUUCUUCCUUUUCCUAUCCACACUUGCCUGGAAGUUACAAAUGAAGCCAUUGACACAGUUGUUUGUAAGCAACUUGACAAGAGAACUCUUCUUCAUUCUCCAUCUAACAAGAAAGAGACAUGGAAAUUGUGUUCACUAUAUAGAAUUGAAGAGUAGUUGCAUUGGUUGAAGAAAAAGGUACAAGGAAAACACAGUAAUGGAUGGGAGGAUGGAGAGAAGAUGGUGGUUGAUGGCAUUGUUUCUGAUUUUCAUGCUCUUGUUCUUUGGUGUUGAGUUUUGCUCUGCUGAGAGGCCUAUCAAGGAUUCUGGAAGUGGUGGCAAUGGUGGUGUUGCUAAGUUCUUGCAUGCUUUUCAAUCUUUUUUUGAUUCUGGGGAUUCUUCUUAUACUCAUGUUUGGCCUGACAUGGAGUUUGGGUGGAGGGUUGUGCUGGGUUCUACCAUUGGGUUUCUUGGAGCUGCUUUGGGGAGCAUUGGUGGUGUUGGUGGGGGUGGGAUCUUUGUGCCUAUGCUCACUUUGAUCAUUGGUUUUGAUCCAAAGACCUCCACAGCCAUCUCCAAAUGCAUGAUCAUGGGUGCUGCAGGAUCGACAGUGUAUUACAAUUUGAGACUGCGGCAUCCGACAAUGGACCUACCAAUAAUUGACUACGAUCUCGCGUUGCUGUUUCAGCCUAUGCUCAUGUUAGGCAUUAGCAUUGGAGUUGCCUUCAAUGUCAUUUUUCCAGAUUGGAUGGUUACUGUUCUUCUUAUCAUCCUCUUCCUUGGUACAUCGACAAAGGCACUCUUUAAGGGUAUAGAGACAUGGAAAAAAGAAUCGAUAAUGAAAAAGGAAACCGCAAAGCUCUUAGGUUCAUCAUCAAAACUAAUUGACAGCCCGGAGCUGGAAUACAAGAGACUUCCAAGUGGUCCAUCAAUAAAUAUCCAGCAAAGAUCUUUAUCUGAUCAGGAAGUUCCAAUCAAAGAUAAUAUUUUCUGGAAAGAGAUGUUGCUGCUUUUGUUUGUGUGGGUGGCAUUCCUCGCCGUGCAGAUCAUUAAGACACGCGCCGCAAAUUGUUCGAUAGAGUACUGGGUUUUGAAUGCUUUGCAGAUUCCAAUUGCUGGUUCAGUAACAAUCUAUGAAGCUAUUGGUCUAUUCAAAGGAACAAGGACCAUUGCCUCUAGGGGAAGGCAUGCUGUUAAUUGGAAGGUGCACCAAUUUGUCCUAUACUGUUUCUGCGGGAUAUUAGCCGGCAUUGUCGGAGGUUUCCUCGGCCUCGGAGGUGGCUUCAUCUUAGGACCGUUGUUUCUCGAAUUAGGAGUCCCCCCUCAGGUUGCAAGUGCUACAUCAACAUUUGCAAUGACGUUCUCAUCAUCGAUGUCGGUGAUACAAUACUAUCUCCUUGAUCGAUUUCCCGUUCCAUACGCUGCUUAUUUUGUGUUUCUCGCAACCGUUGCUGCAUUCACUGGUCAACACAUUGUACGAAAAUUGAUAGUGUUACUCGGCCGGGCGUCACUGAUCAUCUUCAUUCUUGCAUUGACCAUUUUCAUUAGCGCAAUCAGUUUAGGAGGUGUUGGGAUUGCAUACAUGGUAGAAAAGCUUGAAAGGAAAGAACAUAUGGGUUUUGAAAACUUGUGCUAUCACUAAGUUUAGAAUUUUUGGAGAAAAGUUUUCUUGCAAUAUCAUCACUUUUUGGUAGUAAAUUUGUUUAUGAAUCUUGUUUAUCUGCAAACCUUCUUGUUUUGUAGCAAUGGAAAGCCUAAUUUCAUGAAAUCUUUAUGUUUCUUCUGUACAAGAAUUUU